UCUAAAACUGCCUAUUUAGCUAGAAAUUAAUCAAAAUAACGCCCAAACUGUUAUCUAAAUCAUACUCCACAGUGCUAAAAAUCUCAAAAAACCUCGAAAAAUGUAAUUUUUUUACACAACAAAGUGCCAAAGAUUCUGAAUGAGAGAAAAAAAAAUAAAAAAAUCAGUGUUUAUUAGUCAGAAUUGACUUCUAAAGAAUUAUUACACACAAAAAAAGAUCACACAGAGCAAAAUUUAAUAAUAUUCAUGCAGUGGCGACAAAAAACCAUCAUAGCUCAGCAUAUAUAGAAUUAAAUAAAACAAAAUUAAUCGUUACGAGGGGCACUUGAGAGAAUUCGCUGAAUGCAGUUUAUUCGUGUUUUGCAAUAAAUUCACAGUGAAAAACCUGUUUUUUGCGUUGCCGCUUGCUGUCUAACCUUUAUUUUUUCACUUACGCAACAAAUUUUCGGUGCAAGUCGAAAAAAAGGCCAAAAAAAAGUGUCAAAUAUUUUUUUUUUGUCAAUAUUUGGCGAAAGUUGCUCAAUUAGCAUAUCGUGACGUUGCCCCAGCAAUCAAGUGGAACCUUAAAAAAAUGGCAAACAAAACGCAAUUCUUCACAAAUCAACUCAUCAACAUCAUGCCAGACUCGCGGCCCAUCACGUCGCUCUCUGUCGUCGAAGAUUACGAGAAAUGUCCAAAAAACUUCAAAGUACUGCAUCGGACUUUUGAUGCUGACAUGGAUGCAGAUUUAUGGCGAGAGCAUAAUAUUUUGUUUGGCAAACGGACAAGUCGGUAUUUGUGCAUUUCGAAAACUGAAGGGAAUCCGGAGCAAGUUAUCGAGACAUUGAAGGUCAUUGGAGAAAAGGAACAAGUAGUUGGAGCAGGUCUCAGUAUCCUAACACGCACAAUCGACACCGAACAGAAAGCUUGGAGGAAACGCCAAGUCGCUUACAAAAUCUCACAAAAAUCCACAGUGAAACAAGCUGUCACCGAUAUCAUUCUUUGCUCAAAAUCCAAGACACCGCCAGCUGGAUGGAUCAGUGCUGGUGAGAUAAACGGCAUUCUCGUGUGCUAUAAGACUGAAUCAAUCACCGCAACAAAACGCCCAGCACCUCCAACUCCGACAAAAGAAACCGAAACUUCAAUCACGAACAAUAUCCAGCAACAAAUUGACCGCUUAAAGUUGUAUCCGGACCCCAAAAACAACAACAAUCCCGUUCCGCCGCCUCGUAACAAACGAAUUUCGUCCACGAUCGACGACGAAUACGAAAUUAUCGAUCCCGGGUAUCAACUUUCCCCAAAUAGACCAGCUCCGCCUGCUCCCACAACAAACGGAAAUUCAUCGACACAAGACGACACCAGUAUUCCUUACGACACUCACACCCUGUACUACGCAUCGGCAGCUGAAAUGCUCGGAGUGCCCUUCAAACUAAGUUCGCUCAUCAAAAAGACAGCGCCUUUCACGUUACCAUCGUUUGACUUGAAAAAAGGCAUCAGCGACAUGGAUUACUCGUUUCAACUGGAACGACAGAUUCUCUGCACCACCAAGUCAGAUCGGCUCGCAAAUCCAUUUUUUCAUUAGUUUUUAAGGACUUUUUUCUACCGUACCGUACAUCAUAAGAAAAUAAUUAAUCAAAGGAAUCAAGAGUGCCCUCUCCCCUUAGAUUUGGAUCAAAAAGUGAUCCAUUUAGUAUUCUAAAGAAAACAGUAAACCCUUAGUGAUAAUAUGACGAAUUUUAAUCAUGAAUGUGUUAAAGAAGAGAAUAAAAACCCAGAAGUGUCAAUUAUAUUGAUGAAAAAAAAAAUAUUGAAACUAGUGAGAAAUGUUUAUAAACGAAUUUUCGUUUAGAAUUAAUAAUAAAAUAUUGUAGUCGAGAAU